GGCACCCCGGCUGGUGCCCCUGUGUGUUUGAAGCUCAGCUGAUGUAGGCCAGUCGGAGGGAACGUCCGGGCCGGGAGGAGGCGAAUGGCCACUGUCGCCAAGUAAUUGCAGCCCACAUCCCGGUAAGACCAUGAAUUAUGGCAUUUCUUAAGUGAAACAUUCAGGAAUGAAGUGAGAAAAAGUCAUAAAUAUAGAAAAUAAGUGAUUCUUAAGUUAUGUCUAUUAAUUUGACGAUAGAUAUAUAUAUUUACCUCUUUAGUAAUGUGCGAAGUCUUUGUGGGAAGCAGAGAAGCAAGCAACUGCAUUUCUUGUGCUCACCGAAACAUUACUGGAGGGUAAGCCACAUCAUUCUACAAAGAGGUUUUCAUACAAGCAAAAUCAGAUGUAAAUGGACCAAAAGUGAAGCACGUUCUUGCAGUAAGCACUGCUCCUGUGCAAGUAACCAUGGUUUACAUAUUGGAAUUUUGAAACUUAGCACUUCUGCUCCUAAGGGACUUACAAAAGUGAGCAUUUGUAUAUCUCGUAUUAAAAGUACCCUGCACUCUGUUUCAAAGGCUGUUUUUGGCAGUCAGAAUGAAAUGAUUUCACGUUUAGCUCAGUUGAAGCCAAGUUUUGGAAUCUUAAGGAAAGUAUCAGAGAGCGGCUGGUUAAAACAGAAAAACAUUAAACAAGCCAUCAAAACACUGAAAAAACUUAGUGACUCAUCAGCGUCAAAGAGUCACAUCGUAGGUAAAGACGAAGAUAUAGGUAAACAAAGUCUUUUUCACUACACAAGUAGUGUAAACACAAAAUUUGAAGAGUCAUUCUGCUUUUUAUCAAACCAUAUUAAUUCAUACUUCCUACGUAAGGAAAAAAUGGCUCAGAAAAAAGAAGGUGAACAUUUCCAGGAAAAAUCGGAAUUUGAAGAUAAAACAGUUGAAGGAGACGAAAAAUUCAGUUCUGGCAUCUCGACCGAUGACAAGCCACACUCAGAAUCUGGUUUGGAUACUGCAUGUCCUAGUGAGACACCUGGAGUCCUUCCAGUUUCUACUAAACAAAGUAUUGCUAGCUUUCUUUCUCGUCCAGCUGGAGGCGUACAAGCUUUGGUAGGUGGUUACAUUGGUGUCCUUGUCCCCAAAUUAAAGGCUGAUACAAAAGAUAUGUCUGAAGAAAAAGAGUCUAUGAAAGAUGAGCUGGCUAACAGGAAAGACAAAGUUGCAGAAGAGAAAAAGCGUUUAUCUCUUCAGAGAGAAAAGAUUAUUGCAAGAGUGAGUAUUGAUAACAGAACCCGGGCAUUAGUUCAAGCAUUAAGAAGAACAACUGAUCCAAAGCUCUGCGUUAAUAGGGUUGAAGAACUGACUUUUCACCUUCUAGAAUAUCCUGAAGGAAAAGGAGUGGCAGUCAAGGAAAGACUUAUUCCGUAUUUAUUAAGAAUUCGACAAACUAAGAAUGAAACCCUUCAGGCUGCAGUUAGAGAAAUUUUGGCCUUAAUGGGCUAUGUGGAUCCAGUGAAAGGGAGAGGGAUCCGAAUUCUCUCAAUUGAUGGUGGAGGAACAAGAGGUGUGAUUACUAUUCAGACACUGCGGAAACUAGUUGAACUUACUCAGAAGCCAGUUCAUCAGCUCUUUGAUUACAUUUGCGGUGUAAGCACAGGUGCUGUAUUAGCUUUCAUGUUGGGAUUGUUUCAUAUGCCCCUGGAUGAAUGUGAGGAACUUUACCGAAAAUUAGGAUCAGAUGUGUUUUCACAAAAUGUCAUUGUUGGGACAGUCAAAAUGAGUUGGAGCCAUGCAUUUUAUGACAGUGAAACAUGGGAAAAGAUUCUUAAGGAUAGAAUGGGAUCCUCACUGAUGAUUGAAACAGCAAGAAAUCCCACAUGUCCCAAGGUAGCUGCUGUAAGUACUAUAGUAAACAAAGGGGUAAUGCCAAAAGCUUUUGUGUUCAGAAACUAUGGUCAUUUUCCUGGAAUCAACUCUCACUACUUGGGAGGCUGUCAGUAUAAACUGUGGCAGGCCAUUAGAGCUUCAUCUGCUGCUCCAGGCUACUUCGCAGAGUAUGCGCUGGGAAAUGAUCUUCAUCAUGAUGGAGGUUUGCUCCUGAAUAACCCUUCAGCAUUAGCAAUGCAUGAGUGUAAAUGUCUUUGGCCGGACGUCCCAUUGCAAUGCAUUGUAUCCCUGGGCACUGGACGUUAUGAGAGCGAUGUGAGAAACACUGUGAUGCAUACAAGCUUGAAAACCAAACUGGCUCAUGUUAUCAACAGUGCUACAGAUACAGAAGAAGUCCAUGUAAUGCUUGAUGGUUUAUUACCUCCUAACACCUACUUUAGAUUCAAUCCUGUAAUGUGUGAAAACAUACCUCUAGAUGAAAGUCGACAUGAAAAGCUGGAUCAGCUGCAGUUGGAAGGGUUGAGGUACAUAGAAAGAAAUGAAGAAAAAAUGAAAAAAGCUGCAAAAAUAUUAAGUCAAGAAAAAACAACUCUUCAGAAAAUUAAUGAUUGGAUAAAACUGAAAUCCGACAUGUAUGAAGGCCUUCCAUUCUUUUCAAAAUUGUGACAAGUAUAUGCAUGUGCCGUCAUUAAUGAAAACGUGCUCGGAAGACCAGUAAGAAAUUGCGAGAUUGAGCAUGAGUUUCCUCUGAAAUACUAUAAAUUAUGGGGAAUCCUUGGGAAAAGAUGGUGCUUGGACCAGCUUCCACAGUACAGAGGGUAUGCUUGGUUACAGAGUUCUUAUGGGAAUUCGAUUCUUACGAUAUUAAUAGUUGCCUGAGCUUUAGGAAUCUUAACUAAGUUAUGCUAGUUAGUUUUAGUAGAUAUUGGUGUUAACAUUGUUUGAUGUUUAAAAAUUUAUUAAUAUAUGUGUACCAAACAAUAAACGGAAAACUAUCACAUCAUAUUUGGUAUUUUUGCUUUACUCACUAUAAUCAUGUUGGAUUUAUUUGAUCAUUGAUUUUCAUGUGGAAAAGUUAAUACCUUCUUAAAUUUACAUUACUUAGGUUUUCACUUUCUACACUCUGCAGUCCCCAUGCUGCCUCUUACUGCCAUAUCAUCUACAAAGAUGGAGCAAAGUGGAGUUUUCUCUUUGUACUUUUACAUUUGAAAUAGGAAAGAACCAGAUACACUUUUCUAUUCAAAAUUUGCUCAUUCCAACAUUGUUCGCUUCAAAAAAAUAGGUGAAGUUCCAAAUCAAACACUUUUUCUUCUGAAAUUUCAAGAUAAUGCUGCGAGUUAGCUUUUCUAGCUCUAGCUUAUCAUUCACUGUUAGAAAAUUAUCUGAAUUCAGUGAGAAAGCACUCCUAGCAUUAACAAAAGUAAAAUAUCAAAAUAAUCGUUUGUUAAAGGGCUGAUGUCUUUUUUUAAAUUAUUUAUUGUUUAUUUCUUUGUAGCAUUUGUAUACACCUGUCAGCAGUCUAAUUAAAAAAAAAGUGUUAGGCUUAUUUUACCUCUUUAACUCCUUUAACCUGCAUUUCACAGAGGUUAGUACUUAAUGCAUCAACCUGAAUCGUUCUUCCUACGGACCAAAUUCUUCUUUGCUGUCUCUCCGUUUGUCAUGUAAAUCCUUACAUCGUGUUUAGAUUUGUCAAGAGAAAUGAAGUGGAAAAAAAAAAAAAGCCCUUUUCUUUAUGGUUUUGUAUGAACUAAAGCUAUAAACCCUGUUGCCUAAAUUGUUACAAACUCCUUUGCGAUGUUGAUCCAUGGAGACAGUGAGGCAUGGCUCAGCGUGUGCUGGGCGGAGUUGAGAGUCUGGAUGCUAAUCCUGACUCUGCUGCUGAGUCCUUAUGUUUGUGGUCUUGAGGAAGGGUGGGUAGCCUCUCUGGGCUUCAGGUAUUUCAUUUGUAAAACAAGGAAAGCUAGCGGUAACAUUUUAUUUACUGCUUUUUUAUGGCAGCCCCAAAGGUACAGUCUGCAAAUGUUAAAAAAAAAGAUUGAAAGAGAUGUGAAAAUGAAGAGUCCUAUACAGGUAAAAUAUCACCCUUUUCAAAGAAACAAAGAGGAAAAACUGUAUUUUUUAAACAAAGUGUAAUUCUCUAACUUACCAUUUAUAUAGAAAAUAUAUAGAAUAAAAAUUGUUUUGAUGCUCAG